AUGGCAUCUGUUAAUAUUUUAAAUGUAAAAAUUUUAAAUAAUUUGGCUGCUUUUACCGAUCCUCUUCGGUUUGAAAUCACAUUUGAAUGCCUGUGCCCUUUAGACGAAGAUUUGAAUUGGAAGCUCAUUUAUGUUGGGUCCGCUGAAAGCGCAAAAUAUGAUCAGGUCCUCGAUUCAAUCAUGGUUGGCCCUGUUCCCGUUGGUGUUAAUCGGUUUCUGUUUGAGACGGAUUCUCCGCGUCCCGAACUAAUCCCACAGCAUGAGAUACGGGGUGUGACUGUAUUGCUCCUCACUUGCUCCUAUGUUGAGCAAGAGUUUAUCAGAAUUGGGUAUUACGUGGAUACCGACUUUAAUGAUGAAUUUCUCAAGGAAGUGAUGCCAGAUGAUGCCCCCAUCAACAUCUCCCUGCUAAGAAGAAAAAUAAUCGAAGACAAGCCGCGAGUGACGAGGUUUAAUAUUAUUUGGGAUGCCGCCAAAAUUGCGCAAUCAAAGGCCGUUGGGAACGAGCUUUUCGAAAUCCCAGAGGAGUUGCUUGCAAUUAAAGAGCCUUCUAAUUUUGAAUAUUCCGACAGCGAUUUAGAAGAGAGUGACAACAGUAUCGACAACGGGGACGAUGAUGAAAUUUCAGGAUCUGACGAAGAGGAUAUUUCGCAAACAGACAACGAGCUAUCUGACGGGCUAGGGGAUGACGAGGAAAUCGUAUCAUCCGAAAACGACCACCCAAAUGCGCUUCACCAAAUAACUGUGAUGGAUACCGCCGAAUAA